AUGGGUUAUAUGAAAAAUUAGAACAACGUAAAAUGCAGAUCAAUAAGGAAAUUCGAAAUAUAGACAGUAAAUUAAAUAGGCUUAAUGCACAGAACUUUAAUAUGGACUAUAUAGAUCCAGAACCAAAUUUCGAUCGGUCUAAAGUGCGUGGCAUGGUUGGACAAUUAUUUAAAGUAAAGGAUCCUCAGUAUAAUAUUGCAUUACAAGCUGUAAUUGGAGAGGAUCUCUUCAGCCAUGUUGUAGAUGAUGAUAUUACUGCUAAAAAAAUAUUACAAAAGGGUGAACUUACUAAAGGAGUAACCAUCCUUCCCAUGAACAAAAUUGAAGAAAGUAGCAUUGAUCCCAAAAUAAUAGAAAAUGGACAAAAACUUGUUGGUAAAGAAAAUAUGAAAACAGCAAUUGAUUUAAUAGAGUACGAUAAAUACUAUGAUCCUGUAAUGAAGUUUGCUUUUGGACACUCUGUAAUAUGCAAGAAUCUAGAUAUUGCUAAAGAGAUAACUUGCAAUCCUAAAGUAAAUUGCAGAUCAGUAACGUUAGAUGGUGAUAUAUUGGAACCAGAAGGAAUUCAGACAGGUGGCGCUCGUGAAGAAGGUGAUGAUUGGCUACCUAUUUUUGCAGAUAUAAAACAUAACGAAGAAUUAUUAAAAAAUCUUAAUAUAGAGUUACAAAACGUUAAUAGAAAAUUAGAAUCAAUAAAAGUGGUAGCAGCUGCUUAUGAUAAAAUUAAAGACGAUGUGGAAGAAGCGCAACUUCAUUUAGCCUGCUGCUUGCAACGAUUAUCCGUGACUUCAUUUCAGGAACAUGAAGAAGAAAUAAAUUUGCUUAAGUAAAACAUUAUU